CUUCACGAAAAUUUUCUAAAAACAAUAAUUACUGUCGGAAAACUCAACAAUAAAAAGGUGGCAGGACCAGUUGAGUUGAACACAAGCAGGCUAAGAACCAGAUGUUAACUUCUCCUCUUGUGUUUGAAACCUGUAAAAAAUGGCCACUCUCGUAGUGCCUGAUUCUGUUCCUUCUCCAACCGAGGACAGCAAGACACUCAUGGAGGCUUGCAGAGGGCCUGAUGAGGAGGUGAUCAUAUCGAUCUUAGGACACAGAAACUCAAGCCAAAGGAGAAACAUCAGAGACACUUAUCAGCAGGUGUACAAUGAACCCCUUACCGAUCGUCUCUAUUCAGAACUGUCUGAUCAUUUCAGAAGAGCGAUAAUCCUGUGGACACAUGAUCCAGCUGAGAGGGAUGCUAUUCGAGCAAAUGAAGUACUUAAAGGAAGGAAUCCCCAGCUUGAAGUAAUAGUUGAGAUCGUCUGCGCGAAUUCGCCUCACCAUUUGCAGUCUGUAAAGCAGGCCUACUGUGCUCUCUUUAAUUCAUCACUUGAGAAAGACAUUGCUGCUGUAGUCUUCUCCUUGCAUCUCAGAAAGCUGCUGCUGGGUUUGGUGGGCUCAUACAGGUAUGACAAGAGAGUGGUGGAUAUGAAGUUUGCACACUGGGAGUCGGCCGACCUGUUUGAAGCCAUGCAGACAAAGGAGUUGGGUUAUGAUGAUCUGAUUUACAUCCUCAGCACUAGGAAUGCAUGCGAGCUCAAAGACUCUUUCAAGAUGUAUGAGCAGCAGUUUAAACUGCCAAUCUAUGAGGAUUUGAAGUCCUAUGGAGGAGAUGAUUUGACGUCCCUUUUGAAGGUGGCCGUUCAGUGUAUAGUUUGCCCUGAAAAGCACUUCGCUGAGGUCGUCAAGACUUCGACCAGGAGACUGGGAAUGCAUGACAACGAUGAUGAUACACUGAGCGGAGCAAUAAUAAGUCGAGCAGAGGUUGACAUGGCGAAGGUUAGAACAGAAUAUUCCAACAUGUUUGAAGCCAAUCUGGAUGAUGAUGUAGCUGAACACAGUUUCGGCGACAAUACAAAGUCCCUGAUCAUGACUUUACUUGGUGCUGGAGUUUGAUUUCAUCUUUCUGCAUUUGUUUCCAAUAUAUGUAUCAGCCGUCU